CUCAGACUGCGAUUGACAGAUUGUGCCGCCAAUAGGUGAGUCGCUUUAACCCUCAAGGCAAUGCGUCAUGACGAACACGGAAGUAGCAGCAAAAUCCGUCGUCAUCAUGUCGAAGCAAACUCUGGGGAAGACUUUGCUGCGGAAUGUAAUCCGCCACACUGACGCGCACAACAAGAUCCAGGAGGAGUCGGAAAUGUGGAAGAUGCGAGGCUGGGAGGUCCAAAUGUCCAACAACAGUCAUGUGAGAGCCACAAAGUCAAUCCGGAGUCAAAUGCACUGCGAUCAAUUUUCCUAUCAGUCCAGAGUCUCAUCGGAGCACGAUGACAGAGAGGCUCGAUACUGGACACGGAAACUCUAUGAGUUUGAGGACAACGAUCCAGACAGAUGGGGCCACAGUGGCUUCAAGGAGCUGUACCCCGAGGAGUUUGAGACUGACAGUGACAAAAGCAGCAGUGCAAAGAUGAAGGCAUCCAAGUCCAAGCACUCCAAAAAGAAGAAGAAAAAGAAAAAGAAGAAAAAAAAGACAGAGGAAGAAGAGGGAAAGAGGAAAAAGGCAGACGGCAGCGACAACAACAGGACAAAAAGUCGCCAUAAAAGUAAGAAAAAGGAGAGGAAGGACGAGGACGGACGGAGGCGCAAAAGAAAAAAUUACGACUUGCACAAACAUUCGGACUCUGCUAAGAGGCGCAGGAGAGACUGGACUAAAGCAGCGGGCGACGACAGCACCGAUCAAAGUUCUAAAGAGUGAGAGACGCUGCAUUUGUUUUGAUCCGCUCUUUUAACAUCGAGAUACGAAACUGGAUCAUUAGGAGGGAAAAAGUUAACUUUUUUUUUUUUGCCUGUUUUUAAACAUUUUUUUGAAUUUUUCAAUAUUACGGAAUGGUGAUGUUCUUUGUUUAAUUUGACCUAAAAUGCAGUAUAUGUUUACCGGCGCCAACCCAACUCAGUAUUCCUGCUGUGCAAAAUGCUGCAUUUUUCUCUUUGAUUUCAUACAUUUCCAGGUAUGGAAAAGCAUGGAAACUAUUGAAUGAAAAAAAAUCAUGUUUUCAGGACUGUUAUUUUCUAUAACUAAAAAUGAUUAAAAAAAAAAAAAGACUUUUUUUUGUAAGGUGCGCGGAAGUGUAACUCCAAUGUUUGUGUAAGAACACAGUUUUAUACCAUGGUCCUGGUCCAUACUGGAUUCUAACUGGCAAAAUAACUUGCAUUUGAAUGUCUCAAGUACUGUAUUGCCCCCACCCCAGGCAGCGCAUAAAAAUUACACUUAAAUGAAUUGUUAGCUUAUAUGCAAACUGAUGCAGUCAGACAAUUCAAUUCGACAUUCAAUAAUUUAUUUGUUGAUCAAAAUAGCUUUGAGUGUUUGAGUCGAAUGCCGCUGAGGAAUUGAGGGGAAAAUGAGAGACAAAAGAGACAAGUGGAAAAAAAGAGGUAACUGUAUAUAUAAAAAAAAAAAAAAAAAUCCUAGAUGAGAAGGGAUACACUCAGCAGGCGCUCACACAAGUAGAAAAUAGGCGAGAAAAACACCAAAGCGCAUCUUGGCACAUAAAACUGACAAAUACAAGCGGAACACUUGAUCGUUGAUUUUUUUUGAAUGAUGCCCUGUGACAGUUCUGUCGCCGUCCAGUCAGCGAAGUCCGACAGCGAGCGAGUACAUCGUUGCCGGCCUGAGAGCUUGCAACCCGAAUGAUACACACUUAAAUGUCACAAAUUAUUCUAACUUUUUUUUCAACCAAGCAGUCCGGCAAAAAAUGGAAGUUUGAACUCUCCAUGUUUCGUAACCCUGUAACGAAUAUAAAGUAGAGUAAUGGACAAUUCCCAUUUCUACUCCUUUCAAUAUUGCGAUUUAGCUUUGUUUAGAAAUAUAUAAUAUACACACCGUACAUUUGGCGGG